AUGGCAAUUACAGCCUCUGCCCCGCAAGGCAUGGCCGACACCAGAGAGAAAAAGAAAACCAUGCCAGCCAAUGCCGACCUCGAAGCCACUACAGACAGAAACGAUCCCCUGGCUCUCCUCUCCAUGAUCCAGACCAGCUCGGAAGCUCACCCGAUCAGGUGGCCGCUCCGGAAGAAAUGGUCCAUCGUCUUUGUCUACUGUCUUCUGCAGGUGUUUGUCACCCUGACGUCGACAACUUAUGUGUCGGUUGAAUUCUUGAUCAUGGAGAAAUGGACAAGCUCUGCGCAGGUCGCGACCCUCGGACAGAGCAUGUUCAUCAUCGGCACUGCUGUUGGUCCCGCAUUCUUAGGCCCACUGUCGGAUAUCAAUGGGAGGAAGUGGGUGUACGUCUUUUCAAUCGCAAUGUAUGCCAUCCUCAACAUCGGCACUGCGUUGGCAUACAACUACCCCAUGUUGGUCAUCUUCUGCUUUCUGAUCGGCUGCGCCGGCUCUGUCGCCCUGUGCAAUGUGGCUGGGACAAUUGCCGACCUAUUCGGCGAUACUGAUGGAGCGGCGCAGCCCAUGGCUCUGUUCGUGGCUUCUGCGAACUUUGGCCCGAGCUUGGGCAGCCCGAUAGGAGAGUGGAUCGGCAUCAAUCCGAACCUCGGAUGGCGCUGGAUCUUCUACAUCAACAUCAUCAUUGGUGGCGCGUUCGCGUUCGGCCUGUGCUUCAUGCCCGAGACGCUUCCCAGGAUCGUCAUUGCGAGAGCUGUCAAAAGACGGGGUAGCGUCGACCAGAACGAACUAGACAUUGCCAUGGGUUCAAGCAAGCUGUCUGUCCUGCGGGAAAUCAGGUUCGUGGCAACCAUGGCUCUGAGAAUCAUGAUAACGGAACCGAUUAUCCUCUCACUCGCGCUGUACAACGGCUUUGCCUAUGGAUUACUCUUCCUGUACCUCGAUGGCGUCUUUGGCGUGUUCGUCGUCAACAACGGUCUCAGCUACGUUGGUGCGUCGUUGACGUACCUCAACUUCUGUGUCGGUGUCACCGUGACCUUUUGCUUUGUGCCGGUCCAGACAUAUCUCUUCCGACGCCAUCGGCUAAAGCAUGGCCACAUGCCUGAAGCACGGUUCCUCACCUCCUUGGUAGGGGUGUGGCUGUUCCCUGUGAGCCUCUUCUGGUUCGCGUGGACAUGCGACGGCGAUACUUCGUUCUGGUCACCCGUUGUCGCGGGCGCGGUCCUGGGCUUUUGCGAUCCGCUCCUGUGGCUCGCCAUGCUCAACUACAUCACCGACUCGUAUCCGAACGUGGCGGCCAGUGCCAUCGCAGCCUUCUUGAUCCCCAGUUUUCUCAUCGCGGCAGGGUGCGCGCACGCUGGGGUCUCCAUGUUUGCAAACAUGGACGUCAGGUGGGCGUUUUCGACGUUGGGGUUCAUCUCGAUUGGCUUGGUCGUGCUCGUCUAUGUGCUCUUCUUCUGGGGCCCGGUCCUGAGGAGAUGGAGUCCGCUUGCGAAGACGUUCUAG